CCUAGAGUUUGAUCACAAUAUAACAAUGGAUGCAACCAUGAAGGUGACAUUGUUAUCAAUUGUGGUGCUAUUUUGGAGCUUUGCAGAAUGCAGUGAUCCUCUCGGAUUUGACCCUCUUACCCCUUCUGAGAUCAGCCGUGUUCAAACCAUAGUCCAAAAGGAAUACCCAACCAAUCACAAACCCACUUUCAACUACGUAGGUUUGGAAGAACCCGACAAGGUCAAAAUCCUUUCAUGGCAAUCCUCAAACCCCAAAGCUAAACCCAAACCAUCUUCUCCACCACCUCGUCGAGCCUUUGUCAUAGUGAGGUCCCAAAAGCAGUCCCACGAAAUCAUAGUGGACUUGUCCAAACGUUCCAUCGUCUCAACCAAAGUCUACCAAGGAAAUGGCUACCCUACACUGACCUUAGGCGAAAUAGAGGAGGCAACACAGUUACCACUAAGUUACGAACCGUUUAAGAAGUCUCUGAGGAAGAGAGGUCUCCAUGACUUGUCUCAGGUGCAGUGUAUUGCCUUUACUUUGGGGUGGUUUGGAGAAGCCAAGACCAGUAGGAUUGUGAAGAUUAAGUGCCAUUACAGAAAUGGGACUGUUAAUUUCCAUGCGAGGCCCGUGGAAGGGGUGGAAAUGUUCGUUGACUUUGACGAUAUGAAAAUUGUAGGUUAUAAUGAUCGAUAUGUGGUUGCACUGCCAAAGGCAGAGGGCACUGAGUACAGAGCCUCCAAGCUGAAACCACCCUCUGCUCCAAAGCCCAAACAAGAUCAUGGACCUGGAUUCACCAUUGAUGGUCACUCUGUAAGUUGGGGCCGUUGGAAUUUUCAUGUAGGAUAUGAUAGUCGGGCUGGCCCAAUAAUUUCUCUAGCAUCGUAUUAUGAUGUCCAAAAGCAAAAACAUCGUCCAGUACUAUACAAAGGAUUCGUAUCAGAGUUGUUUGUGCCAUACCAAGACCCAACUGAGGAAUGGUAUUACAAGACAUUCUUUGACUCUGGCGAAUACGGCCUUGGACAGUUUAUGUCUUCAUUGCAACCUUUCAUCGAUUGCCCUUCCGAUGCGUCAUUCAUAGAUGCAUACUAUGCCAGUUCAGAUGGAACCCCUGUAGAGAUACCCAAUGCCUUCUGCAUAUUUGAAAAAGAUGCUGGUGACAUAAUGUGGCGUCACACAGAGGCUGCAAUCCCAAAUGAACUGAUAACGGAGACUAGGUCAGACAAAACCUUAGUGGUGAGAACAGUUUCAACUUUGGCCAACUACGACUAUAUCACUGAUUGGGAAUUUACGCCAAGUGGCAGCAUAAAAGCUGUGGUUGGACUUACUGGGAUAUUAGCACUUAAAGCAACGAAUUAUACCGACACAGAGGAAAUAAAAAAGGAUAUAUACGGCACAUUGGUAGCAGAUAAUACCAUUGGUGUUAACCAUGAUCACUUCUUGACGUAUUCUCUGGACAUGGACGUUGAUGGUGUAGCCAACUCCUUUGUGAAGUCCAAUUUCGAGACAGUGAGAGUGAAAGAUCGUAACAUACCAAGAAAAAGUUAUUGGACAGUUGUAAGUGAAACGGCCAAAACAGAGGCUGAUGCGAGAAUCAAGCUGGGUUUAAAGCCUUCAGAAUUACUUGUGGUAAAUCCAAAUAAAAAGACGAAACAAGGAAAUAAAAUCGGGUAUCGCUUGCUUCCUGGCCCAAUGGCACAGCCACUAUUGGUCGGUGAUGAUUUCCCACAAAUUAGAGGUGCUUUCACCAAUUAUGAUGUUUGGGUGACACCGUACAACAAAUCUGAGAAAUGGGUAGCAGGGUUAUAUGUUGAUCGUAGUCGAGGUGAUGAUACUUUGGCUGUUUGGAGUCAAAGGAAUAGGAAUAUUGAGAACAGAGACAUAGUGUUGUGGUACACAAUGGGAUUUCGUCACGUUCCUCGCCAAGAAGACUUUCCAGUUAUGCCAAAUUUGAGUGGUUACUUUGAGAUGAGACCAACCAAUUUCUUCGAGAGCAAUCCGGUCCUCUAAGCAAAAUAAUACCACCCUGCUCAUUUUCCUUACUGCACUUUUUAACAUUAGCUCCUCUGCAUUUUACUCAAAUCACUGAAUAAAAUGGUACUGUUUUUUUAAAA